AUGGCCGAUAUGGAUGCCGAGAUGGCCUUCCUCGAGGCGCAAAAGCAGGAGUACGACCCCGCCGCCGACUUUUCGCUCGCGCCUGAGCAGGCCGACCAGGACGAGGAUGAGUACGAUCCCGCCAGCGCAUUCGGCAACCCUGAAGAACAGACGCGCUCUGCAUCCGCGCAGUCUGUCGUCAUGGCCGAAUCCGCCACCAACACGCCGCAGCCCGCCGACGAGAACGCGCUUAAGGCACCGCCCACCGAAACGUCUGCCGCGCCGACGCCGCAGAAGCAGCCGCGCACAAAGGGUGGGUUUGUCGACGAGAGCGAGGACGACGAGGAUGAGGUGCCUGUCGCGAAGCCGAAGGCUGGGUCUGCAUUGCUGAAUGCUUCUGGAGUGUCAGAUUCUCCACAGCGUUCCGUUACUUUGUCUCCAAACAAUACACAUGCACCUCAAGCAAUGUCGUCAAUUAGUGCACAAGAUCAGGUUGUCUCUGGUGUUCAGUCUCCUCAAGUCGCUGCUCCUGACAUCGUCUCUUCACUUGCUUCUGCUAUUGUUCCCAGUGGCGGCACGCCCGUUCCAGAUGCUACUAAGAUAGGUACCUCGGACCACUUGAAGGCCGCUCCAGCGCCAGCAUCAGCUUCCGUUACACCACUACCAGCAUUUCUUCCGAAGCCACGUCUUCCCCAGGACACUGUUGGCAGGCUUGAGGACCGAAUUGCCGAAGAUCCGCGUGGUGACAUCGAAGCGUGGUUGGGUCUGAUUGACGAUCACCGCAAGCGACAUAAAGUCGAGGAGGCGCGCGCCGUCUUUGAGCGCUUCUUUCAUGUCUUCCCCUCAGCCGCCGAGAUAUGGGUGCAAUAUGUGAACAUGGAGACGGAGCUCGAGAAUUUUGUCCAGGUUGAGCAAAUAUUCGGCCGCUCGAUUCAAAACACGCCGUCGUUACUGCUUUUCUCGUCAUACAUCGAUUACGUCCGCCGGCGGUAUCCGCUCGAAGAAGGCGAGAAUCGCAAAAUCAUCAUCCAGGCUUACGAGUUCGUGCUUCCUCACGUGGGCAUAGACAUCAAUGCCGGCAAGCUUUGGACCGACUACAUCGAAAUCCUCAAGUCUGGUCCUGGUAUACUUGGUGGAAGCGGUUGGCAGGACAUGCAAAAGAUGGACAUCCUGCGCAAGGCGUACCAACGUGCGAUUGCUGUGCCAACAACUGCGACUAUGGAGAUUUGGCGCGACUACGACAGAUUCGAAAUGAAUCUGAACAAAGUGCAGGGUCGCAAACAUCUCCAGGAGAAGUCAGCAUCUUACAUGACAGCGAGGAGCGCAGUUACUGUUGCUGAAAAUAUCACCCGCAGCAUCAGCCGUACAACUUUACCGAAACUCCCGCCUGCGCCUGGUUUCGACGGCGCCGAUGAGUUCGCAAAGCAGGUGCAGGCUUGGAGGAACUGGAUCGAGUGGGAGAAGAGCGACCCGCUUGAAAUCAAAGAAGACGAUCGUGAGACAUACAACAAGCGCGUACUUUACAUCUAUAAGAACGCUCUUGCAGCAUUGCGCUUUUGGCCAGAAAUGUGGUUCGACGCAGCAGAGUGGUCAUACCAAAACAAUCUGAGCGACGAGGGCAACACCUUCCUGCAGAGUGGCAUGGAAGCAAAUCCGGAAAGCUGCUUACUAGCGUUCAAGAGGUCAAAUCAACUCGAGCUUCGCACCGAUCUCGAGGAUGGGGAGGCUGGAGUAGUCGAGAAGGCCAAGGUCGUCCGCGAACCUUUGGACACGGUACUCAACACUCUGUACGACCUUAUCAACAAAGUCAAAAAGCGAGAAGAGCGAUCUAUUGCCAUGGCCAAGGAGCAUUUCACCGCGCAGCAAGCCGCAGAAGAAGCCGCCCGAGCUGCUUCCGAAAGAGGAUCUGACAUCGACGACGAUGAUGACGACGAGAACAGUGCAGCUGCGCGACGGCAAAGAGAAAAACAAGCCACCUUCGAUGCUCAGUUACAGGGCAUUUCCACGGCCGCCAAUGCUGAAAUACACAUCCUCAAAAAAACGCUCACGUAUGCCUGGAUCGCUCUUAUGCGAGCUAUGCGUCGAGUGCAAGGCAAAGGUGGGGCCAAAGACGCGUCCAUCCCGGGAUUCCGAGGUGUUUUUGGAGAAGCCCGUAAGAAGGGCAAGCUUCUCAGUGACGCCUAUGUUGCCAGCGCUCUUAUCGAGCAUCACUGCUAUCAAGACGUAGCUGCAGGCAAAAUCUUCGAGCGUGGAAUGAAACUUUUCCCCGAUGACGAAGUUUUCGCGUUAGAGUACGUUAAGCAUCUUGUGAAGCUCAACGAUGCAACCAAUGCCCGUGCCGUGUUCGAGACAGUUGUCACUCGCCUUUGCCAAAAGCCAGAGAACGUUGCGCGAACAAAGCCGCUGUUUGUCUUCUUCCAUGAUUACGAGUCUCAGUUCGGCGAGCUCGCUCAGAUUACCAAGCUGGAACAGCGUAUGGCAACAUUGUUUCCUGAAGACCCGCAGUUGCUCCGUUUUACAUCACGUUUCAAAUCCCCCACAUUUGACCCUACGGCUGUGCGCCCGAUAAUCUCGCCUCGGACGCAAAUGAGGCCGGUCAUGCCAACCAACAUUCUAUCCACCGUAGAGGAGCCUCUACAAGCUGCGCCUCAGGUUCCUAUACCGCAGCCCGAGCGUCUGCAAUCACCGGCCGCCUUCAACUCGCCACGUCUAGGCCACCUGCUCCCCGCAACAAAUUCACCAAAGCGUCCCUUGGAAGAUGCGGACAAUGAACAGCCUCGCAAGAUGAUACGAGGCGAGUCUCCGCUCAAAGGAGCCGCAGGUCGUCGCCUCGACGCCGCCCGGCGCAACAAUGCAGUCGGCGGUGGUAGCACACCAGUAGCUGGACCCACGCCCCUUCCGAAAGGUGUCAACUUCCUCCUGGGUAUCAUCCCUCCAGCACACACUUACCAAGCCACACGUUUUCGACCCGAAGCCAUGGUCAAUUUACUCCGCAGCAUCACGCUUCCGCUGCCUAACGCCGCACCGCCGGCAGGCCCGCCAGCCGCUCACAUCGGUGCACAGCUGCAGAACAUACAGGCGCGCUAUGGAGGUGGUCAGCCUGGGUACCCGUAG